CUGUAAUUCUGCCUAAUUAACGAGCUCCCUCUAGUGGUUCACUAAUGGACCUCAUGCCCAAAAGUCAAUACCCACUACCAAAAUAGAUUCUCAAGUGCCGGCCAUUUUCUGGCAGAAGGCAAAAGAAUGAGUGCGAGCGGCAUGCUUCUGAACCCCCGUCCGCACUUCCAUCGCCGCCACUCUUUUAUUCAAUCGGAAAAUCGAUGGCUCAAGUUCACCGGCGAUGCCGCUUUCUCAUCCCCGAAAAAUCUGAAUCGCUCCAACUUUUCAGCUAAAUUUUCAAGAGCAUUCAUAGUAUGCAAGUGUGCGCCGGAAAAUUCACCUCCAGAGCAGCCUUCUGAUCAUGCAUUUGGAUCUCUUGAGAUCCAAGAUGAGAUCUCAUUGAUGACCAUUUUGAAGGGAGCAAACUCUUUUCUACCUCAAGUGGUCCUAGCAAGUACAGUUUUGGCUCUUAUAUACCCGCCCUCAUUUAGUUGGUUCACUAACAGGUGUACUGCUAUUCUUUGCAUAAUUCUUGUAAGCAUGAUGCCAAUUCAAGGCUUAAUUGCUGAAUAUGAUGAGUUGAGAGGAUCAAAAUGUGUAAUUCUGAAGUGGGGAUGGUACUAUGCUCCAGCAUUAGGAUUUUUGAUGUUUGCAGUCGGAGUUAAUUCAAGCGAAAAAGAUUUUCUCAAAGCUUUCAGUAGACCAGCAGCCAUUAUUGCUGGCUAUAUUGGUCAAUUUGUUGUGAAACCCCUUCUCGGGUACUUUUUCGGCACAAUUUCAAUGACUAUAUUUGGUCUUCCGACUUCCUUAGCUGCUGGGAUUAUGUUAACUUCUUGCGUCAGUGGUGCCCAGCUCUCCAAUUACGCCACUUUUCUAACAGAUCCUGAGAUGGCGCCACUUAGCAUUGUAAUGACGUCUAUAUCCACUGCCACUGCUGUUUUUGUGACCCCGUUUUUGUCUUUGUCGCUUAUCGGCAAAAAGCUUCCGGUUGACGUGAAAGGGAUGGUUUCCAAUAUCCUCCAAAUCGUUGUCACUCCUAUUGCAACUGGAUUGCUUUUAAAUAGGUUUUUUCCUAAAAUUUGUAAUGCCAUCCGACCAUUUCUGCCCCCGCUUUCGGUUUUCGUGACGGCUCUCUGUGUUGGGGCCCCACUUGCGAUCAACGUGGAGUCAGUGAUGUCACCUUCUGGGAUUUCAAUCCUCCUGCUCGUGAUUGCAUUUCAUCUUUCGGCUUUCAUUGCAGGGUUUUCUCUCACGGGUAUCAUUUUCCGUGAUUCCCUUGACAUCAAAGCUCUGCAAAGAACUUUAUCCUACGAGACAGGUGAUUAUAAUAAUGUUGACAUCGUUAAAUUGGUGAACGAUGGCAUGCAGAGCAGCCUUCUGGCUCUAGCGCUUGCAAAUAAGUUCUUUCAAGAUCCACUCGUCAGCAUUCCUCCUGCUAUUUCGACGGUAGUUAUGUCGUUGAUGGGAUUCUCUCUCGUAAUGCUCUGGGCCCACAGGAAACAAACUACUCUCCAAUGAAUGAAGGUAUUCGUACCCAAUCAGGUCUGGUUUACUGUUUUCAUAGAGUUUAACUUUCUUGCUCUUCUUUCUCGAAUGUGGAGAAGUGUGUACACUAGCAUACAAAUGGUUCUGGAAGAUUCAUAAAUGGAGAAAAAUUUUUAACUGCUCGGCAGAAAGAUGUAGCAGUAUCAUUCAAGCAAAGAAAUACUUCAAAACAUACCGUAACUGUUAGUUGUAUUUCUCGUUUGGUGUUUCAACAGUGUAUACAGACCUGGAAAUGUGUUUUCCAGCCAAUGUGUAAUGUUUGUUAGGAGUAUCAAGAACCAUUAUAUUAUUUUGUCUGCUGACUGACGUGUUGAGAAGAUCCUAUUGAGGCAGGGUCUAAAGCCGAUAGAUUGGAAAUUUUUCUUUUUAUUUGCCAUGUAAUAAUAAUAACUCUUUCAAUUAUCUUCUACCUUUCAUCCGAAGUGUUGCUGUAUAGAUCUUACGGCUGGGAUUGG